UAUUCAUGGAGUUACUGUUGAUAGUAUUGCCUGAAGUGGUGUGCAAGAAUCCUGGCCUUCAAUGUGACUUUCAUCAGCCUCUUCCUAUUCGGCAUACCUAUCAUCAGUUUGGAGACAUUAAUAUUGCUGGCAUUAUUUCUGUCUUCUUUUCAUCUUCUAAUCCCAUUAAAUUUAUUCAGGAUCCUUCUCAGAGAUUUCAUGAUGGACUUAUUUCAUACAAAGGAGAUCCAAGACUUCCAGGAAUUUCUUCAGAACCUGAAUCCAAACAACCACAACCAGCACGAUCUUUUUCGGAAAGAUUUUUGGGAACAGGUUCAUUCUUUUCUGAGAAAUGUCAGAUUCAACAACAGUGUUGGUGAAAAGAUCUCCUUUGACAAAAAUGGAGAAUUCAUUGGUGGAUUUGAUAUUAUCAACUGGAUCACAUUCCCAAACCAAUCCUUUGUGAGGGUCAAAGUUGGAAUAAUAGAUCCCACAGCUCCAGCAGACAAGUUCUUCAAUAUUUCUGUGGAUUCUACCACGUGGCCAGUAGGCUUUAAUCAGGCAUUACCUUUAUCUCUCUGUAAUGAUCCUUGUGAGAGAGGAUACAGCAAGACAAAGAAAGAAGGAGAGUCAUUUUGCUGCUAUGCUUGCCAUCUGUGUCCAGAAGGGAAAAUUUCAAAGGAGAAGGACAUGGAUGACUGCUCUCCAUGUGCAGAAGAUCACUAUCCAAAUCCUGACAAAAAUAUGUGCCUUCCAAAGCGGAUCACCUUUUUGUCCUAUGAAGAACCCUUGGGGAUCAGUCUGACUGCUCUUUCUCUUUGCUUUGCUUUAAUGACAAUUUUGGUAAUAAAAAUUUUCAUGAAACACAAAGACACUCCUAUCGUCAAAGCCAACAAUAGGAAUCUCACUUACAUUCUCUUAGUUUCCCUCCUCCUCUCUUUCCUUUGCGUCUUUCUAUUUAUUGGGAGACCCAACACGAUUGUGUGUAUCCUUCGACAACCAGCUUUUGGCCUCAUCUUUUCUGUGGCAGUUUCUUGUGUAUUGGCCAAAACCUUUGUUGUGGUUCUAGCAUUCAUGGCCACCAAACCUGGUUCCAAAUUAAGGAAAUGGGUGGGUGGAAGAAUGGUCAGUUCCAUUAUUUUAUCUUGCAUUCUUCUUCAAAUAUGUUUUUGUGCUACAUGGUUGAUAACAUCCCCACCAUACCCAGAUUUUGAUAUGCACUCAAUGUCUGAAGAAAUCAUCAUGGAGUGCAAUGAGGAAUCGGUUAUGUUCUACUGUGUUUUGGGCUUUAUGGGUUUUCUUGCUCUGGUUAGCUUCUCUGCUGCUUUUCUAGCUAGGAAGUUGCCUGACAGUUUCAACGAAGCCAAACUCAUCACCUUCAGCAUGUUGGUGUUCUGCAGUGUUUGGCUGUGCUUUAUUCCAACCUAUCUAAGCACAAGGGGAAAAUAUAUGUUGGCUGUGGAGAUCUUCUCCAUGAUCUCCUCUAUUGCUGGCUUAUUGGUGUGUAUCUUUCUUCCCAAGUCUUUUAUCAUUGUGAUGAGACCUGAACUUAACAAUAAACAUCAUCUCAUGAAGAGGAAGCUUUAAGAAAAAUUCCUUUAUUUGUCCAUGUUCAGAUCUCCCCCCCUUACAUAUUUAAGCCAGAGAGCAAUCUGCAAUUAGAUCAGCCUUCUAUGUUGCAAUUUCUAC